CAUCAUCAUGGCGGACGGGGAGCGCUCGCCGCUGUUACCGGUGGAACCGGGGCCGGGGGGGGCACCGGGUGAGGCCCCGCCCCCUUACUCGCCAUUGGUCAGCCCGGAAGGGGGCGGGGCCGGAGGCGGAAGCGAAGGGGUGGGCGGGGCCGGCCCCUCGGUCACGUGCCGCGUGUGCCAGCGGCCAAUCAGCGUGGAGGGCAAAGGGCACCAGCACGUGGUCAAGUGCGGAGCCUGCGGGGAGGCCACGCCAAUCAGGACGGCCCCCGCUGGGAAGAAGUACGUGAGGUGCCCUUGUAACUGCCUGCUGGUCUGCAGCGGGGCUGCCCAGCGCAUUGCCUGUCCUCGGCCGUACUGCAAGCGCAUCAUUAACCUGGGCCCAGUCCAGGCCGGAGCCGCCAGCCCGGAGCCGCCAGCAGGGGGUGUGCGCGUGGCCUGUGGGCACUGCGGGGGCCCCUUCCUGUGGGCCGAGCUCUCCGACCGCGCCCUCGCCCGCUGCCCGCACUGCCGCAAGGUGUCCGCCAUUGGCCGGCGGUUGCCGCGGCGACGCUGCCUCUGCUGCCUCCUCCUGGCGCUGCUCAUGGCCGGGGCGGCCACGGGGCUGGCGGUGCUGACGUGGGGGGUGUCGCGGAAGCUCCGCCCCCUGCACGCGGGCUGGGCCCUGCUGGGGGCGGGGUCAGGGGCCUGCCUGCUGCGGGCAGCCUAUUGGGGCUGCGUGCGGGUCAGCCGCGCCCUGCCCGCCCGGCCCUGAUUGGCUGACGGGGUCACGUGACGCCAGGCGGAGGCUCUGAUUGGCCCCAUGGAGGUGGGAGGGGCGUGGAAGGCCGCCAUCUUGGCGUCGUGCUCUAAGGGGGCGGCCAUGUUGGAUGACACCCCCGUGGAGGCGGCCAUCUUGGACUCAUCCUGAACACGUGACGGCGGCCAUCUUGGAGCUGCGCUCCCCAUAGCGGCAGACAUCUUGAAUCCAUACUCCCAUGGAGGCAGCCAUCUUGGAUUGAACCCCCACCACAUGACAGCAGCCAUCUUGGACUCAUGCUCCCCGUACCGGCAGCCAUCUUGAAUCUAUCUCCACAUGACGGCAGCCAUCUUGGAUUCGCGAACCCCAUAGAGGCAGCCGUGUUGAAUCGAUCUCCCCAUGGAGGCGGCCAUCUUGGACUCAGCCCCCACCACAUGACGGCAGCCAUCUUGAAUCCAUACCCUCAUGGAGGCGGCCAUCUUGGACUCACGCUCCACAUAGCGGCAGCCAUCUUGAAUCAACCUCCCUAUGGAGGCGGCCAUCUUGGACUCACCCCCUUCCCCCACCAUGACAGCGGCCAUCUUGGACUGACACCCCUCGUGGCGGCGGCCAUCUUGGAUUCUCACGCCCUCCAUGGCGGCGGCCAUCUUGGACUCACCCUAUCCGCAUGCUCCCCACUCCCUUCCCAGCAUGCAAUGGGGGAUGGAGGAGAGGGGGAGUGGGGCCACCCCAAUAGAGCCCCAUUGAAUGAC